GGCGCCCUUUGCUGUCCGUCUGCUUCUUCUGCGCCAGGUGUUGUUAAUUUGCCUCCACAUGAGGAGAGCAUCAUCAGCCGUGACAGCCAACCUUCAGCCCUUUCGGACACUUUGUUGUAUGUCACUGGGAUUUCCGGGCAUGCUUUACCUGUCGCUCCUUCUCCUGCUGCCCGUGUUUGCGUCCACUGAAGCGGGGACAGCGGCCCCUCGGCCUUCGGAGCAGACAGCGCAGGUGAUGAGAAAAGUUCCCCGGAGAGAAACGCCGACUCUCCUGCCGCCGCCGUACCUCCACCUCCCGCUGUUUGUGGACUCUCAAGUGCCGCUGGUGGAUAAGGAGUACUUCUCUCCGCUCAGGGGCACGGGAGUGGAGCCGCUGCCCGAGCGCGUCCGGAACAUCCUGCUCCCUAUUCCGCCCAAAUCCACUCCGCCCAGCGUCUCGGAUGUUUCCGUUAAGACUUCGUGCAAGCGGACAAAGAUGCAAGUCCAGGUGGAGAGGAGCCUUCUGGGAACGGGUGAAGCACGGUCUCAGCUCAAACUGGGCACGUGCACAGCCAGCAAAUCCACGAGGGAUUACCUUUAUUUUGAGUAUGGCCUCGGUAUGUGUGGAACCAAGCGCACGAUCAUUGAUAACCAGGUUGUCUAUUCAAACACACUUCAAUACGACCCACCAAGACUCAAAGGACCAAUCAGGCGAGUGGUGCCCUUCAGCCUACCUGUGUCAUGUCAUUUUAACAGGUACCAAUACGCCUACAAAAUUGGCUACAUACCAAAGGUGCCCAUACGCAAGCUCUUCAAACGAGUAAAGAACGGCGCUAAAUUCAGUCUGACGCCACGAAAUGCUAAGUGGGAAAGGCUGUCCCCAUCAGAUCAGUACGUGCUCGGAAAGCCCAUGUACUUUCAGGCCGAGGCCCUGCCCAUGCCCCACGAUGAAAGACUGUACAUCCAUUCGUGUUAUGCCACUCCAGAGAAGUCCCACACAUCCACGCUUAGGUUUCCUGUUGUGAGGAACUUUGGAUGUAUGGUUGAAAGCAAAGCCGGGCGCUCCAGGUUCAUCCCAUACAGAAAUGAUGCUGUGAGAUUCUCUGUGGAUGCGUUCCUGUUCAAGGGAAUGAUGGGCCAGCAGCUGUACAUGCACUGCGUCAUGUCUGUGGGCAGUUCGGUGCCUACACCCACAGCCAAGUCCUGCAACUAUGACACAAAGGCCAGAAGAUGGGCUGAGCUGUAUGGAUCAGACACAGUGUGCAGCUGCUGUGACUCCAACUGUAGCUCUGCUGCAUCCAAUGAGACUCAAAUAAUCAGCAGUAGGCCGUGGACCAUAGAACCUAAAGCGAAAGCCAUCGGCUCCCUGAAGAGGAACACCAUCUCCACCACAACAACAGCGGCCCCGGAGUCAGUCAUGACUGAGUGGAGGUGGAUGUCACAGCCGGUGGUGACAGCAGCGCUUCCGAUGGAUAAGGUGGAGAAAACGGUGAAGGAGUUGGAGUGGCCCUUUGGAGGUGGUGGAGUGAUGUGGACUGAGGAGGAAGGUGAGGAGAAGCAGGGGAAGGGCUCUGCUUUUGUGGAGGAGGUGAUCGCAGAACCCCGCCGGAUAUUUGAAGAAAUAUUUGAUUUUGACAAAUAAAGCUGGAGUUUGAUCAGCGACGAGCUUCCUCCGGGUCACUAAUUUCAAACCACAUUAAUUCCACUUAUAAUUUUUCAAAAAUGUUUUCUGUGGUAAACACGUUUGAGAAAGUUGUUGUUGAUACUGAGCAAAUUGAUUACCUUUAUUUGAUUUGCAUCACUAAAUCUAUAAACACUGACAUAAAUAAAGAUUACUGGACAUUCAA